AUGGAGGCCAAGUUGAAAAGGAAGAAAUAUCUGAACCACCUUCAGCACAACAUCUGUAGGAACCACCGGCUGUACCAGAAUGACUUUUACGAGCAGUUCGAUAAGUUCCUUUUCAAUUACGGCGUGGUGUUGCUGAACCCGUUUAGGAAGAACGAAUUAUUCUGUAGCCAGCUCUCCUUCCUCAGCUACACGGUUCGCUUUUUCUCGUUCCCGGAGGGGGAAACGGCAAAACGUAGUGCAGAUGAGGAUGUAGAAGGGCACAGUUCAGAUGAGGGAGCAUCCACCCGUGAUGCAGACUCCCUCAGUGAUGAUGUUGACCUUGGCGCCGCCGAGGAUGUGGAGGAUGAGCUGAACCUAAUGAACCUCGACGCAAAGAGGAAGGAAAUUUGGGACACCAUAAAGAGCAAAGUAGAGGCAGAAGGGGAAGAUGCAGCAAAGAGGAGAAGAGAAGCAGAGAAGAAGAAACUGAGGGAAAAUCCCCUCCUCCCAUACGAGGAUCUAAAUGAAUACAUAAACCUACUGAUGGUAACAGACAAGGAAGAAAUAAAUUUCCCGGAGGAGCUGUUCUUUCUCAUCUCCCAGUUACUAGUGAAGCACAAAAAUAGUCUAUACAUCUCAGUCCUUUUAAGUAUAUUAAAAACGCUGCGACAGAUAAAGAGGAAAAUAGAUGUAUUGAGGUAUCUGCAGGUUUUGGUCUUCCUCUGUGAUGUGAAUCUGAGUAAGGUAAAAAUGUUCCUCUUUAAGAGCGUCGUCGAGGCGAUCGUGCAGGUGCAUAAAGGGCCCAAAAAAGGAUCCACCGGGUUAAGGCACACUUCCACAGAACCUGUAGGUGGUCCCAAACUGGCCGAUGAAAUAUUGCAACUCCUACAUGAGGCUUACGUGGAAAACAAACAGAGGAAACGCAUCCAAAGGAAGUACGCCUCCCCAGGUAGUAGUGACCCCACCAGGAGACACUACCUCAGUAACGUACUCAUCACGGAGAGCGUGAACAACUUCGCCUGUAGUGUCCUAAUCGAGUUGGUAAAAAAAAAAAUCUACGUAACGAAAAGGAACAUUAACUUCCUCUGCGAAGGAAUAUUUUACAAAAAUGAAAAAAUCGUAAAAUGCGUUUCGUUCGCUCUGUUGGGAAAGUUGGACAACAAGGACUUCGUCAUACAAGUGGCGAAGGAAAAAAUAAACACCAACAACCAGAUCGAUAGUCUAAAAAAUAUAAGCAACCAAACGCAUCAGAAGUUAAGUAAAGCGAAGAUAAAAAAGCUGCACCAGAAGAAGGAAAGGAUUCUGAGCAAACUGUAUAAGAGUAACCAGAAAGGAUCCACUUCAUCGGAGGAGGAUGUUGGAGACGGCAACGGCGUAAGAAGGGGUGAACAUCUAUCUAAUAAAGCAAAUUACAUUUUUAUCGAUUUGCUCUUCGACCCACAUACCUUCGCCAACAAUAUUUUCAACUUAAUAUGCACCAAGUACCGAAACAACCACGGGACGGUAAAGUUACUCCUCCUGAAUAUCCUGUGUAGGUUGCAUCAGCGCAAUCAGAUCGUCGAAGAAAAUUUAUUCCUGUACUAUGAGAACCUCCUAGGAAACCUAAGAAGCAAGACUCUUUUACCAAAAUAUCUUUCCACGUUUAUCCAGUGCAUCCAUGCAACCACCCCCUCGAUGUAUGUACAACGAAUUGUUCACGUCUUAACGAAAAAGUUCUUAUUCGACAAUAUGUCUGAAGAAUUCAUUUACCUCAUCAUAAAUGCGAUCGUUGAAAUUGUUAUAAAGUGCCCUGACUGUCUGGACGAAGAAGUAUUCGAAGCGGUUAUCGUUUUUAAGGACUACAAAAAUAAGAAUACUGCCAUACUGAUUAGGCGGUUUGUUAAUCUAUGUAAGGAGAUAAACCCGGAGUUGCUCGAUAGGAAGUUCCUCGACAAGAAAACUGCUCUCCUCAUGCAACGACGGAAGAUUCUUUCCUCCGCCACAGGGGGGGUCGUACCGGACACGGGGUCGAUCCUGCAAUAUUCGUAUCUGCUCCGCAAGGGGAAAGCCGCAGCGCAGGAUGACAACAACGAUGAAGAGGAAAGUGACGUGGAGGAAGAGGAAGUUGACGAAGAAGAGGAAGAAGAAGAAUUAGACGAAGGAGCGGAGGAAGAAGGACAUGGUGAAGAAGAACAGGAGGAUGAGGACGGCGAUGAGGAAGAAAUGGAGGAAGAAAUGGACGAUGAGGAGGACGACGAAGAAGAGGAAGAUGACCAAGUGGAGGAGAAUGGCCUACCGUCCGAUCAGCCCGGUGGACGGUCUGACAAGCAGAGCAAAAAGGCCAAACGCAGAGACGCAAAGGUAAAGAAAGAGCAGCGUAUCCUUCAAACGAACCAGCAAAUAUUGAGCCAGAAAAUACUGACGGAUGAAGAUUUUCGAAAACUCAAACGAAUGAGGGACUACGUUGCGAACAACAAGAAGGUGCUCAUGUCAGACCUGCAAGACAUUUGCAACGCGGACUACAGUGAGGAAGACUCGAACAGCAGCGCCGACGAGGGAAAAGAAAAAAUCAUCACCCACGAAGAUUUAUUGAUGAAGAAAAAAAUAAAAAAACAUGAACUAAUGAAGGUAAAAAUUAAAAAAAAAAGCCAAAGCGAUAAUCGAUUUAAAACCAACAAAGAGAAGGAAAAAAAAAAGUCCGUGAUGAUGUUGGCGCAGAAGCUCAGGAGGAAGAAGAAGAACAAUGCGGUUGUGCAGUACGGGAAAAUUAAGAAGAAACUCAAGGGGAAGCUAGCUGCUCGGGCCAAGAAGAGGGGUAUCCUCCAAAAGCGUAUUGCGAAGAAAUUGAGUAGGCGCCGCCGCUGA